AUGGGAAAGCAGAAGACAUCCGGCGCUGGCAAAGCAAAGGGAGGCGCCGGCAAUUCUAUCACCGCCGCAAAGACGCCCGCUGCUCCCGCUCCCAACGUCCCUCCCGCUCCCAACGUCCCUCCCGCUUGGCCCCAAUUCAAGCCACAAUUACCAGUCACCGACCUCGUUCCCGACAAGUUCGCAUCUUGCCCUGACAAAGUGGUUCUGAUCCGCAACUUCUGGCCCAAGUCUCUCUGCAGUUCUUAUGUCACCUUCCUCAGGAAUCUGCCACUCGUCACCACCCCUGGCCGCCCUAAGAGGGGAGACGCAGUCAGGGUGAACGACCGUUUCCAAGUGCAGGAUGCUACCUUUGCUCAACGUCUUUGGAUGGAGACUGGACUGCGCGAAGCGCUCUCCCAAGAAGAUGUACGGGGCCUAUGGGGCGGUGAGGUCGUUGGCCUGAAUCCCAAUAUUCGCAUUUAUCGCUACUCCAAAGGCCAGUAUUUCGAUGCACAUUACGAUGAUUCCAACAACGUCUCGCUCGCCCUUGACCCUUCGUCGGGACAGACUCCGUGCAAGACAACGUGGACGCUUCUGCUCUACCUGACCUCCUCCGCCGAGGGCUGCGUCGGCGGCGAGACCGUCUUCUUCCCCAACGACCGCCGCUCUGCCAAGGAGGAGAUCCCGGUCGCGCUCGAAACCGGAAUGGCUCUCUUACACAAGCACGGCGAUGAUUGUAUGCUGCACGAAGGGCGGGAAGUUACCGCGGGCGAGAAGUGGGUGCUGAGGACCGAUCUCUGCGUCAGGAAGUGA